UCUAUAAUCAGUUAUUCUGAGUCGCUUAACAAGAUGGCACGUACCAAACAAACUGCACGAAAAUCAACCGGUGGAAAAGCUCCACGCAAACAGCUCGCCACAAAGGCAGCACGGAAGAGCGCUCCUGCAACCGGUGGAGUCAAGAAACCUCAUCGUUACAGGCCUGGUACAGUCGCUCUUCGUGAGAUCCGUCGUUACCAGAAAUCCACUGAGCUGUUAAUCCGCAAGCUGCCCUUCCAGCGUCUUGUGCGUGAAAUCGCUCAAGAUUUCAAGACUGACCUGCGUUUCCAGAGCUCGGCUGUAAUGGCUCUUCAAGAAGCUAGCGAGGCUUACCUUGUUGGUCUGUUUGAAGACACCAACUUGUGCGCCAUCCACGCCAAGCGCGUCACCAUCAUGCCAAAGGACAUUCAGUUGGCCCGCCGAAUCCGCGGAGAACGAGCAUAAUUGGACUACACUUCAAAUGAAAAACGGCUCCUUUAGGAGCCACCACAUGCAUAAAAGCAAUGGCCAUACUAUGAGCCCCCGAAUAACUUAGAAUUCCCUGGGCUUCUAAAUAAACCAAGAGUUCCUUAUGAUUGAAUUUUGAAAUGAGAAAUGAAAACAACUGAAGUUUUUCAGAACACGUUUGCUUUGAGCCCGCUUAGCGACAAGUUUAAACCCCAUAGAAAUUAUGUCUGACUUAAUCUGUGUAUCAAAACACAGAAGUUUUUUCAUUUCCAAGUUAACCAGAACAUACUAAUUUAUCAAUGUUCUUCAUUUUUAUGUUGUACAUUUGGCCUUGUAAUUUUGGCGCUAGUAUUAUGCAAAUCAUCGGCGC